AUGCGGAUCGAAGAUAAAUGCCAGAUCGAAAGAAUAAAGAAUGAAAAUAAGAUAAAGAAAUGCAGAUCGAAGAUCGAAAGAUCGAAAGACCGAGAAAUGCGGAUCGAAAUAAGAUCGAGACCGAAGAUAAUGGAUCGAGAAUCGAAAGAUAAAUCGCCAGAUCGAGAUCGAAGAUCUCGAGAUGCAGAUCGAGAUCGAAGAUAAAUCGCCAGAUCGAGAUCGAAAAAUAAAUAAAAAUACAUCCGCCGAAAUAAGGUAGAUAAAAUGCAGAUCGAGACCGAAAUGUCGAAAUAAAUGGAUCGAAAAGAUCGAAAUGGAUAAAGAUCGAAAUAAAAGAUCAGAGAUAAAGAUAAAUAAAUCGAAAUAAAUAAAUAGAUAGAUAAAUCGAGAUCGAGAUAAAUCGAGAUAAAUCGGAAUAAAGUCGAAAAUGCAAAUAAAAAUAUCUCGACCGAGGUAGUGUUGGGUAGGGUGCUGCACUUAGGUGUAAUAGGGGCUAAAUCUGAGAACUGUGUGGCUGCUAGUAGGAUGGGAAUCCUUAAGGGGACACUAAAGGUGCUUAACCAUUUUAUAGAAUUGAUUAUGAUGACUGCAGUCCAAUGGCACUCUCCCUCUCAAGCAAUGUUAAACCAUAUUUCAGCAGUUUGCUUUUAAUGAGGGACUCAUGUUGCUAGGUAACCAUGGCAAUUUGUACCAGCAAAGGUGGCUGUGUUUGGCUUAGCAGCACAGAGGAGAUGGGCUGAGGAGACAUGAAAAUAUUUUUUUUAAAAAUAGUAGAGAUGGGGAGCAGCGCUCGGAGGAUGCUAGGUAAGAAGUCUGAAGUUAUUUCUUUAAAGGGAAACUAUAGUUACCUGGCACUGUAGCUUCCCCUUCUGAGAAAAAAUAUAGAUCAAUUUUAGUGCACAUCAAUGUUUUGUGGUUGCCUGGUAUAACUAUUUCAACUGAUUUAGUGUCUGUAGCAAGACGGGCAUCGCGGAUGUAGUGUACAGUAAUGAAUUAUGCAAUUUUAUGCACAAAAUGGUAGUCCGUUUUUCUAACAAAGAUACGACUACAGUUUCUUUUACACACUUUUCGUGUAUUUGACAUGCAUUGUGUCCUUUCUCUGUAGCAAACACACAAAUGUAUAAUUCCUGUAUAGUCAGAGCUACAGGGAAAAUUCUCGGAUCAUUUACCAGAGAACCCAUUUGUAUGGCAUCAUGCUGAUCUGGUGUGCCAUGUACUCAAAAUAAAACGGCUUGACAAAGGGCCCCGUUGUGGGCUGAAUCGCUGCAAUGUCUGUUCCCCUUGGACUGCCAUUCAGUGAAGAGUGAUUCACCACAAUAAAGAAUACAUUUCCAUUGCUCCAGAGUCAUAUGGAGGCUUGUGUACAAGUGCUCAGCCAUGGAACGCAUGGAACAGCUCUUGAUGCACAGUUCUUGUGCUGCUUCCAAAGGCAGUUUGGAACUCUGGAAUGAGUGAUGCAACAGAUGAUAGGUGAUUUUUAUCCUCUUCAGCACUCAUGCCCCUGCUCUGUGAGUAUGCAGGAUCUACCUAAAAGUUAAACAGCUUUUAGCACUCUAGAUAUUGUGGACUACGUAUCCCUUGAUCCUUUGUCAACUUUAUAGCUGUAAGAGCAUUAUGAGAGAUGUAGUCCACAACAUCAGGAGUGCUGAAGAUUGCCUAACCAUGGUCUACCAGUUCACACAAUUUCACUUCACAAUAAUAUCACUUACAGUUGACUGGGACAGAAAUAUUAUAAACUGACUUAUUGCAAAGCUGACACCCAAUGACAGUGCCACAUUUAACAUCAUUGAGCUCUUGUACUGCCAAUAUUUGUCUAUAAAGAUAUCUUAUGUGUGCUGCAUUUUGUUCACCUGUUUGCAAUGGGUGAAACUGAAACAAGUAUAACACUGUGACAUGUUCAUUCUUAGGUCUACAGUAUGUAGAACAUGCAAAGGUUGAGUACAUUGUGUCAAUGGAGGCCCAAGGAAAAUUUUAAAGAGACACUUAUGCCCAAAUAAAAAUAUGAAAACAAUAUUUAGUAGAUAUAUCCCAAAUGAGAUCAUACAUUCCUUUAAUUAUGUGUUUUUCACUGGUGAGGGUGUAUCUAAUAAACGCUUGCAAAGGCUGCAGGUAUAUUCUCUGACGCCUUUACAAGCCCCAUCCCCCCACCUUCUUUCACAACCCAGAUUUUCUGUGGACGACAAAUCAGACUUCCAAAUGCAGUUCAAGGCCGAUUACCUCUGCAAUUGCCUGCCUCUGGAGUUUAGCUCCAAUAAGCUAAACUAGGUAGUAACAGGACUGUUGUCUCGUUGACAGAGUCAGGGAGUGUAACAAGGUAAUUUAUAAAGGGGUAAUUUCUAUUGAAAUCUGAAUACUUUUGUAAAAUGAGAAAAAUAGACACUUCCCAAUUAAAAGCACUUCAGCAAGUGUUUCUUUAACUCAGGGAUGCUAACAAUGUAUAUCUUUAGAUGUUUUAUAACUAUGGAUUUAUAGACAUAAUUUUCAAUGAAUACAGAAAACCUUUAUAUGUAUACACAUCAUUAAACUAUAUGUUUGUUGAGGAGGGUAAAUUCUGUGCAUGGUAAAAACAAAAUGCAUUAUAUAUUUGUAAUAUGUUGAGUGUGUAUUGUGUACAGUUGAUCUGUAAUUCCACUGCCUUUGGUUACUUAUAGGUUGAGAGAAUAAAGGAACGGGUGGAGGAAAAGGAGGGUAUCCCACCACAACAACAAAGGCUGAUCUAUAGUGGGAAACAAAUGUAAGCUGAUCAUGUGUAGCACCAUGUAAUAUUAUUCCACCGUAGAGUGCCCUCUACAUCCUGAGAGAGUCCACAUGUCUGUGGAAUGAAGUUACAUUUUUCUAUGUGGAUGUCUGGACAAAACAUUCAGAAUGUAUUCUCCUAAAAGGGGCACACAUAUCUGCAACUCAGGAUGAGGAUUAUAUGUUUUAUUGCACUACAUGCCUGUCUGUUUAUCCUACUGAUAUCUCAAUAAAGUGAUACUAUAGUGUCAGAAAUACGAAGCUGUCUGGUAGACAGCCACAGUAGGCAGACUUAGUGCUGCAGUGUAAAUAUUGCAGCACUAAGUGCAAUAAGGACAGUAUAUCCAGACCACUUCAAUGAGCUGAAAUAGUCUGGGUGCCUAUAGUCUAACCACCACACACCAAUAUUUUGCUUAGCCUGCUGUAGGCCUGUGAGCGUAGUCCACACUUUCUUGGUCAAAAAAGUUUGGAGCUCUUUAUCCAAAACUCAGCAUUUCCACAGCCUGGCUCCUGCUUGACAUGAUUGUUAAAAAUGAAGAUCCACUUCCACAUUAGUAAUAUUAAUUUUAAAGAGACACUAUAGUCACCAAAACAACCACAGCUUAAUGUAGUUGUUCUGGUGAGUGUAAUCAUUAAAUGCAGGCAUUUUCAUGAAAUGGGUGGGGCCAGCGCCGGUGGACCCAUGCAUAGCUGGAAAUAAGGUGAGUUUUAAUUCCUUUUUAGGAGUGGGGGGUAGGGGGGCAAGCCACCUAAAUGGUGGGUUUAGCACUAUAGGGUCAGGAAUACAUGUUUGUAUUCCUGACUCUAUAGUGUUCAUUUAACCAUAUUUGGAUAGAAUUGAUUGACUGAGCAUGUCAGCUGGCUCACUUAAGAAAUUGAUGUCAUCCAGAUAUGGACUAACUGAUUUUGAUAAUUAGGAAGUGAAUUUCUGCAUUGGCUGCAUGCUGGGAAGGAUUAGGGGUUAAUAUUGGCUGCCUGCUGGGAAAGAUUAGGGGGUACUAUUGGCUAAAUGCUAGGAAGGAUGAGGGGGGUAGUCUUGGCUGCAUGCUGGGUUAAAAAGGAAGAUCCACUUCGACAUUAGUAAUAUUAAUUUUAACCAUAUUUGGAUAUAAUUGAUUGACUGAGCAUGUCAACUGGCUCAUUUAGGAAAUUGAUGUCAUCCACAUAUGGACUAAUUGAUCAUGAUAAUUAGGAAGUGAAUUUCUGCAUCUGCAAUUUCAGUGAGUGUGGGUUGGAACAUGGGUGCUUCAGGGACCUCCCAGUUCUGGUCAAAUUGCUCAACAGCCUUACCAUAAUCACUAUAUCAGCAUGUAACCACUUGUUUGAUUCAGUUUGCAAUGUAUAAUUAUGUAGUUUACCAAGCCCCUCUUAUGGUUAUGUUCUCUUUUCCUAGGAACGACGAAAAGACUGCUAAUGACUACAAGAUACAAGGUGGUUCAGUGCUACAUUUAGUCCUUGCACUAAGAGGAGGGUCCUGA